AUGGAGGCAGGGCACGGAAAGGGUGCUCCUGAUGGGAUAGGAGCGGGACUGUUGAUGUUGAAAACAAGUGUUUCGGCUUUUGAAGUAAAAGAUGAAGACAUAACAAAUAUAGAGCGCAAGAUUCCUUCUACUAUUAUUUCUGUUCGAGAUACAAUGAAAAUCCACCAGGUUGUCAUUAAAGAUACUGGUUGUAUAGCAUCAAGACCACUGAGUUGUUUCUGUCGGGAUAAUUGUACUUGUUUUGACCCAGUAACAACAACAUUCUGUCUCCAGAACCCUGAUAAUACAGCGCAUCCACAGAACAAUGAAGAUAAUUCACCGGUACAGGAGAACAUACUUCAACUGCCAGCAUCAUUUGAUGAGUCGCUAGUUGACAGAUAUUGUGUUGUCAGUUAUGACAGUUGCCCAUAUCCUGGAAAGAUACUGGAUGUUGAUGAUACAAGUUUGGAGGUGUCUGCUAUGCACCGGAUUGGCACCAAUCGUUUUUUCUGGCCAAUGGUUCCUGAUGUUAUUUGGUAUGGCCACAACAAGAUGGUUACUAUGCUGGAGGGCGAACCAGAACUUGUUACAAGUAGACACCGUGCGAUUGACAAAAGAGUCUGGGAUGCAAUUGUGCUUAAAAUGAACUUAUAAGUCAAGAUUUCUGGAAACUAAAAGUAAAAGAAAGUUGAUGUGUGAAUGACCGUUUAUAACGUUUAAAAAUUGAUGAAUUGUUUUGUUCGUGAUUUAAUAAGUUAAUAAAACAUAGUGAGUUUUAAAGUAGUUAUAUUUAUUACAUUUU